GUAAAGAUUUGGUUUCAAAAUCGUCGUACCAAGCACAAGAGAGAGCAAAUAUGUCGACCAACCGAAGAUGAUGAUAGCAUUGGCACAUGUCCCCAGCCUCUUGGCCUGUCUGACGAGGAGUUGGCGCUCAUCAACGAGGCUCUAGAAACGGCCAAAAACCAACGCAACAAUGUUGGCCUAGCCCUUCAGGCCCCAGAGACAACAGAGAACUUGACCGGUUUGCACAACCUUCAAAGCCAACAUGCUAUUUCCCGGCCUCACGUUUUGCACAGUCAAUGCCAGCGUUUGCCCCAACCUAAACAGCAACAACAACCCCUCGCCAUCUUAAGUUUGCCAAAUGCGAAUGAGGUGUCAAGCCUUGGCCAGAGAGAUCUUACCACGGUUAAGGCUUACAGUCAGAUCGGCCCUCAGUCCUCCAUUCCCACCAAAGAUGUAUUAGAAACUGUGACUCCUUGCCAGUCAAUGAAUGGUAUUUUUUCUGCUGAACCCAUCUGUGAGCUCGAUGCGUCAAUCAUCGUAGAAAAGAGCACGGAAUUGAGGUCUUACAUUUCACGCCCUAUACCCAAAACCCUUGGCGAGCUUGGAAAGGAACCUAAUAUUUCGUCCAGCUCUCCUCGUUCUGAAACCGGUCCCAAAUUGCCAACUUCACCGACUCUUCUGCAAGGUUUCCAACAUCCUGAACUUCCACUGAAUACGGAAUGGGGCAUGGAGAAGGCGCGCUUUUCGCAAGCUCCAUCCAAAUGUCCCCCGUCGAGACCACCACAUUCAAAUUAUCUUCAAGACGAAACCGAUUGGUUAGGUUUGGUUGACUCUUCGCCUGGCCUGCCCUGGUCAGCUUGGAUACCAGAAUCCCAGCCUCCGGUCGCUGCGUACACAGUAGACCAGACAGACCUUUCUGGCUAUUGUUGUCCACAGGCGAUCCGGUCCUCUCUUAGUCGGGAGAAGAUGAUACAGAUGGACUCGUGUCAGACUGAUCUCACUCGACGCUUCCAAAGACCUUCUCUUAAGGUUGAGCCCUCCGUUUCUGUGGCCCUUGGCGCAAGUUGUCUUUUUCAUCCUUCUGCCAUACCUUCGCCUACUUUUCAAUCAACCGCCCAACUCCUGGCCUUUCAGUCAUCUAUUCUGUCGAGGAUAUUCUCGAAUUUUUAG